CCGCCACACCGUUCCGCAGGCCGCAGCCACCCCCUCCGUCGCCCACCGGAGCGCCGCCGCAGCUUCGACAUCUCCGGGUAUUGCGAAAUGGCGACGGUUCCGGAGCCUUUGAUCUGGGAGAUUGUCAAGAAGAACAACUGCUUCCUGUUGAAGCAGUUCGGAAAUGGCAAUGCCAAGGUGCAGUUCACUAAGGAGCCCAACAAUCUGUACAAUAUCCACUCCUACAAGCACUCUGGCUUGGCGAACAAGAAGACCGUGACGAUCCAGCCAUCAGGUGGUAAGGACAUGGCUGUGGUCCUCUCCACGAGCAAGACCAAGAGGCAGAAUGCCCCAGCGAAGCUCAACCACAAGUCUGUGAUGCGCAAGGAGUUCCGCAAGAUGGCUAAGGCCGUCAAGAACCAGGUGAGUGACAACUACUACAGGCCUGAUCUGACCAAGCCGGCUCUUGCAAGGCUUAGCUCAGUGUACCGCAGCCUCCAGGUUGCCAAGUCUGGUGUGAAGAAGAAGAACAGGCAGCCAGCAAAGCUCUAAACAGCUUUUAAGCUUGCCUUUUUUUUUUUGGGUCAUGGCACCUGUUAGAUGCUCAUGUUUCCAGCUACCAAUGUUCUGAAAGUGUCUGGACUUGAAGUGAGAUCUCUGUUAGAAUUGGAUCAACCAUGUUACAAAAUGUAGUUUUUCUAGACUGUCUGCUUGGUGUCCUUACAAUUGCAUCUUUUGCACGUUAUGAUAGCAAGCUAAUGUCGUCAAA